GCGCGGCCGCGGGAAGUCGGCCCGACGCCCGGGCAGCAACAAUGAACUCCUCCACCCCACAGUCUGCUGGCAGCAAAGGAAAUAUCUCUUCCGACAGUGUAUUCUUGUCCCCUGGCACUAGACGGCAACCUCUUAGUGCCUCUGGUACCCCAGUGUUGGAGAAUUGCCCUGGAAAUGAUGACGAGCGGGAAAGGAAGCAGCGGCGACGCUCCAGGGUUAUCGAGCUACAGUUUAGCACUGAUUCACCUCUGUCACUGCAGUCCCCCUCCAACAAGCAGGCAGAAGCAUCACUGCCGACAUUCCCUCAAUUGUCAAAUGCUCAGAUUGCUGACCAUUACUCCACAUGCAUCAAACUUUCAACAGAAAAUAAAAUCACCACAAAGAAUGCCUUUGGCUUGCACCUCAUUGACUAUAUGACAGAAAUACUCAAGCAAAAGGACUCUGAGCUCACCAACUUUAAGGUAGCAGCUGGUACCCUGGAUGCCAGUGCGAAGAUCUAUGCAGUGAGAGUUGAUGCUGUCCAUGCCGAUGUUUACAGGGUUCUUGGAGGGCUGGGUAAAGAUUCUGCACCAGCGGGGCCUGUGGAGGGCCAGGAUGCAGGUGGAGCAGCUACGGAUUCUGAGAGAUCCAAGAAAAAUCCAAGUAAAAGGAAGCAUCUGUACAAAACCAUCGAACAGACUUUGAGUAAUAUCAAUGUUUCUGAGACAGACCGCAGGUGUGAGAUCGAUCCCAUGUUCCAGAGGCAGGCGACCUCUUUUGAUGAGUGUAGCUCGGCUGGUGUCUUCCUCAGCACGCUUCAUACGUACAGCCAUUUCAGUGAAGUCCUCUUUGAUUCCAUGGUCACACCUUUGGCGUCUUCUCCAACUUCAGAAUUACCACGUUCUUCCCCCGUAAAAGUGGAAAACUUAAAAUCCAUCCUGCUGCAGUGCGCCAGAAAGCGCCCCAUUUGCCCUUCCUUGGCUGGCUUUCUCUUCACUCAGUGGAACAGCAAAACCCAUAACGAGUCGGUCUCAGCUCUGCUGGAUAAAUUUAAGAAGAGCGACCAGGCAUUCGAUAUCAAUGCAGAGGCUGAUGGCGAUGAGGGGGACUAUGCCGAGGGCCCAGUGGAAGAUGAUUUUGAUGCUGAUACCAUGGAUAGAACAGUCGCAAAGGAUCUUGGGAAGUUUUCAGAAAAGCUGGAGGCAUGUCAAGCAACACCAGGGAGCUCAAAGAAAGGUGUGAUUUCUCUGGGGGAAGGAGAUGUGGGGUCCAUGUGCCUUCAUCUGUCCAUGAAUCCCAGUGAAUAUUCUUACUUCAGCCCCGGGACCAUGUCCUUGUGGGCAGGCCCAGAGCACUGGCGUUUCAAGCCCCACCAUAAACAUACAGGUGAUGCCAAUGCUGAGAAAGCAGGCAGAAGAAAGACUGCCAGAAAGGUCUUUGAGAUCAAUUUUGAGGAUGAGAUUGAGUUCGAGCUUCACUUCUGCAAAACGCGGGCAGCCACGACUCUGGCCAAGUCAACCCUCGGCAAUCAGAGCAAGAAAAGCAGCACCCUCCCUGCCGACUUCCAUUAUGACCCUGACAAGCUCACCCGCCUCUUCCUCAAGCCAGCCAAUAGGCUGUGGAAGGUGCCGAAGCCGUUGCAGAUCAGCUCAUCCAGUCAUGAUGACGGGGUUGGCGAGUAUGAUUACAAUAACCCCAAUGACACCUCCGAUUUCUGCCCUGCAUUGCAGGAUGCGGACAGCGAUGAUGACGGUCCCAUGGAAUUCGUAGGCCAGGGUGGGAUGUUUGAAAUGACUGCCAAUCCUGCGAGAGGGGCAGCUUCCGAUGAGGGCCUCCAUGGACGCAACGUCAGCACCUACAGCGAGUCGAACCUGGUGGCCGAGCCGCAGAGGGUAAACAAGAUAGAUAUUCAGUAUGCGAAAACUGCCAAGGCGAUGGACAUGAGGAGGCUCAAGCAGGCCAUGUGGUGUCUCCUGACUGAUGCCCCGAAGAAUCAGACUGAGGAAGAGAAAGCGAUUGCGGGGAAAACCACCUCUGUUCCAGAGGUGUCCGGCCAGAAGUCCUUCAGCGGCCUCACCAGGGAUUUGCUCCACAGGCUGCCGUCUGUGAUGGCAAGGAAUCUGUCUGUGCCGUUGGCGUUUGCUUGCCUCUUGCACCUGGCCAACGAAAAGAACCUGAAGCUUGCGGGUGUGGAAGACUUGUCUGAAGUCUUGGUGCUGCAAGGAGAUUAGUACAUGAUGAGUAGACCGAGAAGAGCCUGGACUACCUGAGAGGGGAUGCAUCCUAGCCAAGGAUAUGCACAGAUAGCACGAUCCCGUGUGAAACCUCUGGCCGCCCGUGCCUGGCAUCCCUCCGAAGGAUCUCGGCAGAACCUGAUCCUGUCCGAUCCUGUGCCUGGCAAAGAACUCCUGAGCCAUCAACACGUUGUUUAAAAUGAUGGGCAGGUGAGAGGAACAAGCCUGUUUUGGAUGUUCAAUUCUUCCGUGAUUUACACACGCUCUCUCACCCGCCAUGACCCUUUCAGUGGGCUCCCUCGGCCCCAGUCCACGACUCCCUCAAAAUUCUGGCAACGGUCACAGUGGCCGCAAAGGACCGCUGGGAAUAUUCAGCCCCCUUUUAAAAAUGUGCAGCACCUUCUUGUACAGAAAAGAGCCCUGCCUAGUGUUUCUCUUGCUUCCUUUUUAUAUAUUCUUCUCCCCUUGCAUUGCAGUUGCCUUAAAUGCUCUUAGGUGCUUGUCUUUUUAAA